AUGCGUCCAGAGGUUGAGCAAGAGCUCGCCCACACUCUCCUUGUAGAGCUUUUGGCAUAUCAAUUCGCUUCACCCGUGAGAUGGAUUGAAACACAAGAUGUCAUUCUGGCAGAAAAGACAACGGAAAGGAUUGUGGAAAUCGGUCCUGCAGAUACCUUGGGUGUGAUGGCGAAGAGGACCCUGGCCUCGAAAUACGAAGCACACGAUGCCGCAAAAUCCGUGGAACGUUCAAUUCUCUGCUACAACAAGGACGCCAAGGAGAUUUACUACGAUGUUGACCCAGUCGAGGACGAGCCGGCGCCAGCGGCACCUACAAGUGCUCCAGCAACAUCUGCGCCAGCUUCUGGCUCGGCCCCGGCUGCUGCUGCCCCUCCACCAUCAAGUGCAGGUCCAGCAGUGCAAGUACCAGACGCUCCAGUGGGAGCGAUUGACAUUGUACGAGCGUUAAUUGCUCAGAAAUUGAAGAAGCCUCUCAUGGAGAUCCCAUUGAGUAAGGCUAUCAAGGAUCUUGUCGGUGGUAAAUCAACUCUUCAAAAUGAAAUUCUGGGAGAUUUAGGCAAGGAGUUCGGGUCAACACCAGAAAAACCAGAAGAUACUCCUCUCGACGAGCUAGGGGCCUCCAUGCAGGCGACGUUCAAUGGCCAACUCGGAAAGCAGUCUUCUUCCCUUAUCGCUCGUCUGAUUUCCUCAAAGAUGCCGGGAGGUUUCAAUAUUACAACUGCGCGGAAAUACUUGGAAACCAGAUGGGGUUUGGCAUCGGGUCGACAGGACGGUGUCUUGCUUUUGGCUCUGACUAUGGAGCCUCCAGCUCGUCUGGGCUCUGAAAAUGAUGCAAAGGCUUUCCUUGACAGCGUUUCCCAGGCAUAUGCAACAAAUGCUGGAAUCAGCUUGUCUGCACCUGCUGCUGGCGGCGAUACAGGUGGAGGCGGUGGUGGAAUGAUGAUGGACCCUGCCGCGAUCGACGCUUUGACUAAAGACCAGCGGGCUCUUUUCAAACAACAGCUAGAGUUGUUUGCCAGGUACUUGAAGAUGGAUCUUCGCGCGGGCGAGAAGGCGUUCAUUGGCUCUCAGCAGUCAUCACAAGCUCUCCAGGCACAGUUGGAUCUUUGGAAUGUUGAACAUGGAGAUUUCUACGCUGCGGGUAUUGAGCCGGUUUUCAGCUCGCUCAAAGCCCGAGUAUACGACUCGUCAUGGAAUUGGGCCCGUCAAGAUGCUCUUACCAUGUAUUACGACAUCAUUUUCGGACGUUUACAGGCUGUGGAUCGUGAGAUUGUCAGCCAGUGUAUCCGCAUCAUGAACCGAUCCAACCCAACCCUCCUCGAUUUCAUGCAGUAUCAUAUCGACAAUUGCCCAACCGAACGGGGCGAGACAUACAAGCUAGCGAAGGAGCUUGGUCAACAGCUUAUUGAGAACUGCAAAGACACAUUGAACGUAGCGCCAUGUUACAAGGAUGUCGCGGUUCCUACCGGACCUCACACUACGAUCGAUGCACGCGGCAACAUGGAUUAUGCAGAAAUUCCCCGAACCAGUGUCCGAAAGCUUGAGCACUAUGUAAAGGAGAUGGCUGAAGGUGGAAAGAUCUCCGAAUAUGGUAACCGGACCAAGGUCCAGAACGAUCUGAGCCGCAUCUACAAACUCAUCAAACAACAACAUAAACUCUCAAAAUCUUCUCAACUUCAGAUCAAGUCUCUUUACGGGGAUGUCAUCCGAUCGCUGGCGAUGAACGAAGGCCAAAUCAUGCCAAAGGAGAAUGCGAAUGGCAAAAUUAAUGGUGCCAAGAAGGCCACGCCACGUGCAAACCCACCUACCAAAACCGGAAAGGUUGAGACUAUUCCCUUUUUACAUCUGAAGAGAAAAGAUGAGCACGGAUGGGAGUACAGCAAGAAGCUCACCGGUAUUUACCUCGAUGGCCUGGAGUCAGCAGCCAAAUCUGGCGUCACUUUCCAGGGCAAAAAUGCUUUGAUGACUGGUGCUGGAGCCGGAUCAAUUGGUGCAGAAGUCUUGCAAGGUUUGAUCAGUGGUGGCGCAAAGGUUGUUGUCACUACCAGCAGAUUUUCGCGUGAAGUCACCGAGUAUUAUCAGUCGAUGUAUGCUCGAUAUGGUUCUCGGGGUUCGCAGCUCAUCGUUGUGCCUUUCAAUCAAGGUAGCAAGCAGGAUGUUGAAGCGCUCGUCGAAUAUGUCUACGACACCAAGAAGGGACUUGGUUGGGAUCUGGAUUUCAUCAUCCCCUUCGCUGCCAUUCCUGAAAAUGGCCGCGAGAUCGAUAGUAUCGAUUCCAAGUCUGAACUUGCUCACCGCAUCAUGUUGACCAAUCUCCUCCGACUCCUUGGGUGUAUUAAAUCCCAAAAGGCUGAACGUGGAUUUGAGACUCGCCCAGCUCAGGUUGUCUUACCUCUAUCACCUAACCACGGUACAUUUGGUAACGAUGGUCUUUACUCUGAGUCCAAGUUGGCUCUGGAGACUCUGUUCAACAGAUGGCAUUCUGAGAGCUGGGGUAACUUUCUCACUAUUUGCGGUGCUGUUAUCGGCUGGACUCGUGGAACUGGUCUCAUGUCUGGCAACAACAUUGUCGCUGAAGGCGUUGAAGCUUACGGUGUUCGAACUUUCUCCCAGCAGGAGAUGGCCUUUAACUUGCUUGGCCUUAUGUCACCAACUAUCGUUGAUCUUUGCCAAGGCGAACCUGUCUUCGCUGAUCUCAAUGGUGGACUGCAAUUCAUUCCAGAUCUCAAGGAUCUCAUGACCAAAUUACGAAAAGACAUCAUGGAGACAAGUGAGGUCCGUUCAGCUGUCACAAAAGAGACUGCCAUUGAGAACAAGGUUGUCAACGGCGAAGACAGUGAGGCGCUGUACAAGAAAGUCAGCAUCGAACCUCGCGCCAACAUCAAGUUUGACUUCCCGACAUUGCCAGACUGGAAGAAGGAGGUCGAGCCAUUGAACGAGAACCUGAAGGGGAUGGUUGAUCUCGAGAAGGUCGUCGUUGUUACAGGUUUCGCAGAAGUAGGACCUUGGGGCAACUCCCGUACCCGAUGGGAAAUGGAAGCCUAUGGAAAAUUCUCUCUUGAAGGCUGUGUCGAAAUGGCCUGGAUUAUGGGUCUCAUCAAGAAUCACAACGGUCCAAUCAAGGGUAAACAGUAUGCUGGCUGGGUUGAUGCUAAAACCGGCGACCCAGUGGAUGACAAGGACAUCAAGGGCAAAUACGAGAAGCACAUUCUCGAGCACUCAGGCAUCCGCUUGAUCGAGCCCGAACUCUUCAAAGGCUACGAUCCAAACAAGAAGCAACUUCUUCAGGAAGUCGUGAUCCAAGAGGACCUCGAGCCCUUUGAGACAUCCAAGGAGACCGCAGAGGAAUUCAGACGUGAGCACGGCGAAAAGGCUGAAAUCUUCGAGAUCCCUGAGUCAGGCGAGUACAUUGUUCGCAUGAAGAAGGGCGCUACCCUCAUGAUCCCUAAGGCACUCAAAUUUGAUCGUCUUGUCGCAGGCCAAAUUCCAACAGGUUGGGAUGCUAAAAAGUAUGGUAUCCCAGACGACAUCAUCUCGCAGGUUGACCCAGUCACCCUUUUCGUGCUGGUGUGCACUGUUGAGUCACUCCUCGCUGCUGGUAUCACUGAUCCUUACGAAUUUUACAAAUAUGUCCAUAUCUCUGAGGUUGGAAACUGCAUCGGUUCCGGUAUUGGUGGUACAAACGCUCUCAGGGGUAUGUACAAGGAUCGUUACCUUGACAAGCCUUUGCAGAAAGAUAUUCUUCAGGAGUCUUUUAUCAACACCAUGUCGGCUUGGGUCAAUAUGUUGUUGAUAUCCUCUACUGGUCCUAUCAAGACUCCCGUCGGUGCUUGCGCUACAUCUGUUGAAUCGGUUGAUAUCGGAUAUGAGACCAUCUUGGAGGGUAAGGCUCGUGUCUGCUUCGUUGGUGGAUUUGAUGACUUCCAAGAGGAAGGUUCUUAUGAAUUCGCCAACAUGAAGGCUACUAGCAACGCUGUCGAUGAGUUUGCCCAUGGUCGUACACCAAAGGAAAUGUCGAGACCAACCACCACCACCCGAAACGGGUUCAUGGAAUCUCAGGGAUGUGGUAUUCAAGUCAUCAUGACUGCCAGACUUGCUCUCGACAUGGGUGUCCCAAUCUACGGUAUCCUUGGUCUCACCACAACCGCCACUGAUAAGAUUGGUCGAUCUGUUCCAGCUCCUGGUCAAGGUGUUCUCACGACAGCUCGUGAGAAUCCGGGCAAGUUCCCAUCUCCUCUGCUCGACAUCAAGUACCGUCGCCGUCAAAUUGAGCUUCGAAAGAAGAACAUCAAGCAAUGGCAAGAAUCAGAACUUGAGUACCUCCACGAAGAGGUUGCGGCCAUGAAGGCGCAAGGCGGUGACUUUAAUGAGUCUGAAUAUGCUCAGGAGCGUGCGGCCCACAUUAAGAGCGAGGCAGCAAGACAAGAACGUGAGGUCCUCUACAGUCUUGGAAACGCUUUCUGGAAGCAAGACUCCACCAUCGCUCCUCUACGUGGUGCUCUCGCCACCUGGGGUCUUACCAUCGACGACCUUGAUGUUGCUUCUUUCCACGGUACCUCCACUGUUGCCAACGACAAAAACGAGUCGUCUGUCAUCUGCCAACAACUCAAACACUUGGGCAGGAAGAAGGGUAAUGCAGUCAUGGGUAUUUUCCAGAAAUAUCUUACUGGUCAUCCAAAGGGUGCUGCGGGUGCCUGGAUGUUCAAUGGGUGUUUGCAAGUUCUUAACAGCGGUCUUGUUCCUGGUAAUCGAAAUGCUGACAACGUCGAUCAAGUCAUGGAGCAAUUCGAUUACAUUGUCUACCCAAGCAAGAGUAUUCAAACCGAUGGUGUUAAGGCUUUCUCCGUUACCUCUUUCGGUUUCGGUCAAAAGGGCGCUCAAGCAAUCGGUAUUCAUCCUAAGUAUUUGUUCGCUACCCUUGACGAGGCAACUUACAAAGCCUAUGCCGCCAAGGUAGACAUUAGACAGAAGAAGGCCUACCGAUACUUCCACAAUGGAAUGAUCAACAACACUUUGUUUGUCGCCAAGAACAAUUCGCCAUACACCGAUGCUCAACAAGGUGCGGUCUUCUUGAACCCAGAUGCCCGUGUAUCCACAGACAAGAAGACCGCUGAGCUAACCUAUGCUCCCAACUUCGCCAAAAACAUCUCCGACAAGGCCGCCAGCACUAAACAGAUGGUCGAGUCUUUGGCUAAAGGUGCUGCCACCGCAGGAAACAAAGUUGGCGUAGAUGUUGAAGACAUAUCUGCGAUCAACAUCGACAAUGAUACAUUCCUCGACCGAAAUUUCACAGACAAGGAGCAGGAGUACUGCCUCAAGGCUCCAUCUCCUCAAGCAUCAUUUGCAGGUAAAUGGAGUGCAAAGGAAGCUGUUUUCAAAUCCCUUGGUGUUUCAAGCAAGGGCGCAGGAGCUCCUUUGAAAGACAUUGAGAUCACCAACAACGAGAAGGGUGCUCCAAUUGUUUCGCUCCACGGUGAAGCCGCCGCUGCAGCAAAGAAAGCUGGAGUCAAAGAGAUUAGCAUAUCCAUCUCACAUUCUGAUAGCCAAGCGAUCGCCAUUGCCGUUUCUACGUUCUGA